AUGAUGCACCCACUCUUCGGUAUGCAACCGGCAGGCUCUCUGCCUGUCACAUAUCCCUACGAUGCCAUGGUUGACGACCACUCUCGGCAAAUGGCUUGCUCUCAGGCUGCACGAAGAUUCUCUCGAGGCUCCAACGGACAACGAUCAGGAGGUGCCAUGAGAGUAGUCAAGCCUACCAGUGCUAGCAACAGCCCCCGUUCGUCUGGUGUUAUGGCUCGCCGGAAGACCCUUAUGAACGAUGGCAACUCGCAACGCCGAAGACAGCAAGUCCUGGACCAGCUCUCGAUGUUCUAUGACACGGAGCAACAGCAACCUACCCAGCGUUCUUCACGCCCUGUCAGCUGGCAUCCCAGUUCCUAUGGCCAACAACCACAGGCUCAAGCCCAGCCCAUGUAUGCUCUCACCUCGAGCAACAUGUAUGCCAACCAGCAGGAUACAUAUGGCUACCCCCAUGUUUCCCCCAUGCUGGCAUCAACCUCCUGCGACACAUCCCCCCUAGCUUUCUCUCACCUCUCACUACCAUACCAGACUGCCGAUAACCUGCCCUACUACCCUUACCAGGGAACCUCGAUGGCUCAGCAGUCACCGGCCUCUUGCUCGGGCAUGGACACACGUCAGGUUUCUACGGAAGCCUCUGUACCCAACGACAACACGGCCUAUGGUAAUGGAUGGGACUGGAACAGCUUCAUCAUGCAUGGCUUUAACGCUACAACCCCACCCACACCCGAGACUCUUCCCCAAGCCGAACUCUCUCAACCGGCUGUGUCUGACGACAUCCCCUACCAGGCGCUUGAGGAGCCUCUGGAGGAGGAGGGUGAAAUUCUUGUUGGCAUGGGCCUUUACGACGCCCCCGACAAGUAUGAGGAAGACCCUCAGCUCAACAACUAUCGAUCCACGGUUUCCUCUCUCCUUGGAUCAACAUUCAGAGGAAACGAGCCCCGAGGCAAGGGCCUUAAGCUCGAGGAGACUUGGGAGCCUCCCAAGUCCGAUGAGGAGGAUGAGGACGACGAUGAGGAAGCGGACGCUUCUAAGACGAGCUCAGUCUGA